ACGCACGAGCGAUGCGGUGCGUUCACUGUCUAUUGUCCAGACGUUGACGCAAGCACCCAGCUGCCUUUUUAUAAAUCCUGCUUGGAGUGGCUGAGGCAAACAACAAUGUGGACCUGGCCGACUCUGGUUCUCCUGCUUUUCCUGACUUUGACCGUUUCGCGUAGCAGGGCGUCUAACUGCUCCUAUUCGGCACUGCUGGGCCACUUGAAGCUUAACUCGUCCAAUGACUUCUUGGCCACUGUCAGGCCUGUUAAGGAUUGGAAACAGGUCACAGUCGUAGAGCUGGACAUGCUGCUUUAUGGCAUCUUACAGGUGGAUGAGAAACUUCAAACAUUCACCAGCCACAUAUGGAUCCAAACAGUGUGGAAAAAUGAUUUCCUCAUAUGGAAGCCGUCAAAUUUUUGCGGCAUCAACCAGUUCUCCGUUCCCAGGUCAAAGUUAUGGAUACCGGACAUAAACAUCCAAGAGGACACUUCCGAUAGUGGCAGCAUCAAGAAGAGUUCCUUUGUGACGGUUUACUCCAACGGGAAUCUACAGAUAACGGCGCGUCAGCGGCUGACUUCCACGUGCACCCUGAACCUGUUCAAUUUCCCCUUUGACCGACAGAACUGCGUCAUCACCUUCAGCCCCAUGAACACUGACGUCCAGUCGAUGCAACUCCAGACCCUCAGUGGCGAUGAAUUUAUCAGCAACAUCUCAGAGCAGGCCAUGGUGACUCGUGGGGAGUGGAGUCUCAAAAGAUUGGAAAUCAUCACAAAUGAGACCGGCCAUGGUAGCCCCAGAAUGAGUAAACUCAUUUACCAGGUGAAGCUGGAGCGCAAACCCAUGUUGUAUGUAAUCAACUUCAUCAUUCCGCUUUUGUACCUGCUGGUGCUGGACGUGGCGUCCUUCUUCAUCGGUGAAGGACGCGGGGAGAAAUUGAGCUUCAAGAUCACUAUCCUACUCGCCAUCUCAGUCCUGUUACUCAUUCUCCAGGACAUGCUGCCAUCCACCGAGGACAGCCUGCCCCUCAUUGCCAACUUCUGUGUGGGUGUGUUCGCCCUGGUGGGCAUCAGUGUGCUUGAGGCCAUGGUGGUGAGCUUCAUCAUUGACCUCGAUGAUAAAUUUGUUGGGAAGCCGCAUCCGAAGACCGACCGGGAUGUUUGCUCAGACAAACAAGAGAUGAAAGAUGUGGCGAAGGAGAACGCGGAAGGAGUACCUGUUCAAAACACAGCUCCGUCGGAGCAUGAGCAGCUGAAAGUGUUCCUGCAGGAGGUUCGCGCAGCUCAGCAGGAAGCUGCAAGUGCCGGCGACUUUCCCCGGCGUAAACGCUUCCGCCGGAUCGCUGAAAUCCUCGACCUGGUCUUCUUCAUUGUUUAUACUAUAACUGUUUUGGUUUUCAUGGCGGUUAUGUAUCACAAAUGGAUUCCGGCUGACUUUUUCACCUAAAAUCUUUCCAAAUAAUUGAUUUGUUUUGAAAGCUGAUUUGUUCCAUAAACCAUUUAGUCCAACAAUUGACAUUUUUGUGAUUUUCUGUAAUAACCAGACACUGAUCGCAACAAUACCAAGAAAACUAGAUUGUAAUUAACUCAUUGGCUGCCACUGACGGUGAUAUAUGAACAAGCUCUGCUUAAAAAAUCUUUUUUGCUAUUUUUACAUUGGCUACACAGUAACGUUGGUAUUAUUACCACUUACAACAUAGAAACUAGGGAAAAAUAUCUUCUACUUUACUAUUCCUUCCAGUCAAAAUGGAUUGGAUGUCUAUCGCCGUCAAUGGAACCCACUCCACUUCAAUUAGAUUUGACGUCUAUCACUGUCAUUUGUUGUCAACGAGUUAAACUUGGUAUUCUGUAAUUCAUUAAAAUGUUACAAUUCAUUUUUAAAUUGUAUUUAAUGUAUUUAAUGUGCAUAUUUAAUCACUCCUAUGUGCAAAGUCCACGUGUCAUAUGACAUACUCGUGGCACGAUAUGACAGCAGAUGAUAUGUUGGUUUUGCAAGAACAACAAACACAA